UCAUAAAUUCAGUUUAACAUUAGCAGAGUCUCUUAAACUGUGGUGGAAGCCUUUUCGAACAUAUUCCUUAUAUGUUCUCCGAGUCUGUACUAGUGCCAAUAUUUGAUCCCGACGGAGGUUGCGCCCACAAUUCAUUAUCGGAACGGCUCGGGAACUGCCGUCUAGGCUCGCCAUCAAAAGGGCCGAUCGACCAUCUAGAUCCUUAAAGUGGGUGUCGUUCGAACCAGCUCUUGUACUGUGUUCACCGAGAAGUUCUGCCCCGAGAGAGGAAGAACAAGCUCAUCGUGAGCUGCCUUUGUAACGUAUAGCCGUGCUCUUUUGACCGCCUUCGUCCGGGUUCCUUAUCCAGGAACGAUCAGGUGGUCCAGUGUAUAGGUAGAAUGGCUUCCCCUCGGAAGGCUGUCAUAAUAGGGGCUGGUCCUGUUGGAUGCCUCGCAGCAAUUUCGUUGGCUAAAAUGGGAUGGUCCGUGGAGAUUUACGAGGGUCGUCCCGACAUGCGUUUGCCUUCCUCCAAAGCGGCCGCUCAGCAGCGAUCCAUUAAUCUGGCAAUUUCCGCCCGUGGAAUUACUGCUUUGCGAGCCAUCGAGCCAGGUGCAUCUGACCGUUUCCUGCGAGCCGCCAUUCCCAUGCGUGGCAGGAUGAUUCAUGAUGUUAAUGGUAAGACGAAUAGUCUACCCUAUGAUAGAAAUGGCCAGUGCAUCAACGCCAUAGACCGUGGCCUAUUGAAUGAAGAUCUCCUAGAAGAGGCACUUUCCGUGCCCAGCAUAAAGGUGUUCUUUAAUCACAAGGUUCUCACUCUAGACUUCGACGCCAGAGUCAUGAGCGUUAAGGACGUUGACGCUGGAAAGGACCUUUCAAUCGCGUUCGAUUUUUGUGUAGGUGCCGAUGGCAGCUACUCGAUAGUACGACGUCAGCUGAUGAGAGUGGUCCGCAUGAACUAUCAUCAAGACUACAUUCCCCAUGACUAUCUGGAGCUCAGGAUGCCUGCUGGUCCCCCGGAAAAAGAAGGCGGCGAACCAACCUUUCUGCUAGACCCGAACCACUUGCACAUAUGGCCCCGUCAUUCAUUUAUGCUUAUUGCCCUGCCUAAUCAGGACAAGACCUUUACAUGCACAUUAUUUGCGCCGGCCGCGGAAUUCGAUCUUCUCACUUCGCCAGAGACAAUCAUCAAAUGGUUUGGGACGAAUUUUCCGGACGCUCUCCCACUCAUCGGCGAGAAAGCUCUUCUGAAAGAUUUCGAAAGGAAUCCUAGGAGCCCGUUAAUUUCCAUCAAGGCCACGCCGUACCACUACAACGACCGGGUUAUUCUGCUUGGCGACGCCGCCCACUCAAUGGUUCCCUUCUACGGGCAGGGUCUCAACUGCGGACUUGAAGAUGUUCGCGUUCUUGACCAAUUGCUUCAUAGCCAGAAGGUCGAUCCAAACUUCCAUCCUUCUGAAGGCGCUCUCGACAACCGCCUUGCACAAGCUCUGCAGCAGUACACUGAGAGCCGACACGAGGACCUGAUCACUAUCUCCGAUCUUGCGAUGGAUAACUUCACGGAAAUGCGGCACUCUGUUACAACACCUGCCUAUCUCUUCCGUAAGGCUCUCGAUAAUAUUCUGUAUUUCUUCACUUCUCAGCAAGUCACCCCGGAUUCUUUCAUGCCGGAAUCAAUCCAUGACCCAUUCCCCACUCAUUCGCCCUCUGGCUGGUUGCCUUUGUAUACCAUGGUCACCUUCCGCCCUGAUAUUUCCUACGCCACGGUCAAGCGCAAAGCUCUCAGGCAAGACCGAAUCGUAACCUACGCUGGCUGGUGCACCGCGGCGUUGACGGUGGGCGUCACAGUGUGCAAUUUACUACAUGUUUAUGUACAUUUGUCACUUUAGUACUUUCUAAUGGAAGGAACGACUCGCGGGAUGCUGACAAUUUGAAGUGAAGUCAUACAUGUCAUCUGGUUUGUUCUCACUCGCA